GAGUCAUUGACCUCAAGUCUUUAAAAAAGUAGAUAACCCCAUGACUCGUUGAGAAUCAAUGUCUUUAAAAAACCAAAUAAGUUUAACCCCAACAAUACACGCUUCACAAAAAGAUUGUUCACUCUCUCCUCUCUAGUCUCAUCUCCAAUUUCUUCUUCAUCUCUUUUUGUAUCUUUGAUAACAAUCCUCGACUACCACUGAUUUGCUUUUAAACAUGUCAGAUUACGAUUUCUCUUCCUCUAGAAAGUCGUGCGCUUGUCAUUGCGUCAAAUUCAUAGUGAUUUUAGGGGUCCUAGCUCUGAUCCUCUGGCUAAGUCUUCGUACCAAGAAGCCCAAAUGUUCCAUCGGAGAUGUUUAUGUGCGAGGCCUUGACAAAUCGGUCAAGUCCCACAACAAUGCGACGACACGGGACAACAAUUUGUCAUUUCAGCUCAAUCUGAAGAACGAAAUGAAGGACAAAGGCGUUCGUUACGACAAUAUUACCCUCAAUUUCUACUAUGGUACAAACACUAGUUACCCUAUUGGUAAUCAUACAUUUGAUGGAUUUAAACAAGGCAAAGAUAAAGAAGCUUUUAAAAGUGGCAUGAUUGAGACUCAUAAUAUGCCAUGGGAUGAUGCAAUUAAGGCUGUUUCAAAUGGAUCUAAGGCAGUUUUUAGAGUUGAUGUGAGUAGUAGAAUUAAGUACAAAAUUAUAUUUUGGUAUACUAAGAAACAUCAUUAUUUUGUGGAGAAUAAGGUUGAAGUUGAUGAUACUGGUAAAUCUAGUGCACAACAACUUCAUUGUUGUUUUGGGGUUUUUGGACUUGCAUUAUUUGUUUUAUCAUUUUUACUUUAAUAUAUUAGUCUUGGGGUUCAUGAAGGAGAAGAAUCUUUUGACUAUUUAAUUUAGAGUACUUUUUUGUCAUUCUCUCUUUCCAGGUUGUAAGGGACUUGUUCCUAGAAAUUGCAUUGGUUAAUGUUCAUAUUUUCCUUUCUUUUUUAACAAUUAUUAUUGUUGGGGAUUAGGUUCUCCAUGACCUGCAAAUAUGAGUUAGUCCGUGCUAUAUACCAUCACUUGUAGUCUCCAUCCAAAGCAAUUCAAACAAUCCUUUUGAAAUAUCGUAGGAAUUCCCUACACACAUCUAGGAGCACCCCUUCCUGCAUAUUCAAAUAGGACCCGAGUAGGCAGGUCGACGUCCUAUGAGUCUGUGUCCUUUGUAUUCAGCUACCGAUAUAUGGUUACUUGAGAUUUUUUGAGAUUUUUUGAGUACUUAAGUACUUCAAAUGAUUGUCCUCUUAAUUGAGGU